ACUGAAGAUGGGAAACUAAUCAUUGAAGGAAUGCUGGAUAUUUUGGGGGGAGUAAAACAGCCUAUACAGCUGAAGAUGCAAGAUGAAAAGCAGAUCUCUUCUUUUACCACACUGACUUUACCAGAUACUUUUUCCACCAAAGGGAGAAUGGUGUGCUGGGGGGAAUUUGAUGAUCUUGAUCAUAUUACUGACCUGGACAGAACCCAGAUUCCAGUGUCUGAAGCAAGGAAUUCUCAGCAUGACUAUUUAUCUUAUCACAGCAGUACUCUGAAGCUACAUGCAGAUGAAGAGCCAGAACCCCCAUUGCUCUAUAGAUGUAUGAGUGAAGCAGCCCUGGUGAGAAAAAGAACAAAGCCUCCAAUGAUAGACAGAAAAGAACAACAGUUCCACAGGGCUUCUAUUAAUGGACACUUCUAUAACCAUAAAUGAUUAAAAAGUUUUCCCUUUGUUGUGCUGCACCACACAUAGUUGUGUUUCUCCCAAGAUGAGUGUCAUGAGGCAUACACAUUACUAUCAGCUAC